CCAGUGGUGAGGACUCAAACUGGAGAGAUACAUGGCCUUUACUUAGAAACCUUCAAUCAAGAUGCUUUCCUGGGAGUCCCAUUCGCCGAAGCGCCUCGUCUUGACAGGCCACGGCCAAUUGCAAAAUGUCAGACAGGCGCAAUCAACGCAACACAAUAUGGGACCACCUGCUAUGGCUCUGGCUCAAAUUUGGAUCUGAACCUCACCCAGGGAGAAGACUGCUUGAACCUCAAUGUUGUACGGCCAAGUACUGUUCACACCGGUCUUCCUGUGCUGGUCUGGAUUUACGGUGGUGGCUUCACGCAAGGCUCGAACGCCGACCCGAUGUGGAACUUGACCUACAUUGUCCAGACAAGCGUAGAGAAUGAGCAGCCCAUAGUGGCAGUAAGCAUCAAUUAUCGCCUUUCGUUCCUGGGCUUUCCAGUCGGCAAUGUCUCACUGAACGCCGGCAUUUCGAAUCUGGGCCUUUGGGAUCAACGACUAGCUUUGGAAUGGAUUCAGGAGAAUAUCGAAUCUUUUGGUGGAGAUCCAGACAAAGUCACUGUGUGGGGAGAAAGUGCAGGUGGCUGCAGUACCGGCUUUCAUUUGAUAUCUCAAGGAGGCAACGGGAGCCGUGGCCUCUUCAGAGCAGCGAUUAUGUCAAGCGGCACCAUCCUGGGCUCGUGCAACCCCAAGUUCUCCUCAUCUUUGAAUGCAGAGUAUGAUCAAAUUACCACCCAUGCCAACUGCUCGGAUGCUGUAGACACGCUCCAGUGCUUGCGGGAAGCCCCAAUCGAAGCCAUAUACCCAUUCGAGCUGUCCGUCCCGAACUUGGGUCCUGUUAUCGACGGGGAUCUGAUCAAGAGAGAGCCAGUACUUGAGCUCGACGAAGGCCACGUGCAUCGGGUGCCUAUCAUUGUCGGGGCGAAUACUGACGAAGGCCUGUUCGCGGUCAAUAGCAUCGGCGGCGCACCUGAAGAUGCAGCAGGUCUACGACGGCUACUGGCAGCUGUCCUCCCAGGGCUCCAAAACACCACAGUCGACAGCCUUCUUGCCGCAUAUCCCGAAGGUGACCAAGCGCCUCCGUACUCGCUUCCCCCUGAUUACCCCUUUUGCGAUGCCAUGGAAGCAGCGAAUCUGUCCUGCACGCCUCAACACCGACGUACAGCAGCCAUUCUUGGUGACUACUUCGCCGAUGCCGGACGUCGUUAUGUUGCCGAGAAAUGGUCUCAGUUGGGGUUGUCCACAUACAGCUACCGGUUCGCCGCCGAGUCUACGAGCAUCCCCAUCAGCUACUGGACUGGGUUGGGGCCUGGCUUUGCAACUCAUGGUGCUGAUCUUGCUUAUGACUUCAGGCUGCCCGGAAAUUUCACUACGUCAAUUCAUUACUAUCCGCCAGUCAAGCCAGUUCCCUCUCACGAGGAGUUGAGCAGGCUGAUGGUGACGAAGUAUAUCAGCUUUGUGAAUUCAUUGGAUCCGAACAACCUUAUGUUAUCCCAAGCCCCAGCGUGGCCUAGCUACGGUGAUAGUCCAGUGAACUAUGUAUUCAAUGCUUCGAACCAAAGUACGACCAUUCGCUGCGAGUUGGAUGACUAUCGUGCUGAAGCUAUCGGCAUCUGG